UGUUCAAUGACGGAUAUCAUAACGUUUUGGACGUAUGUACACACCUAGUGUGCUGAUGAGAGAACCAGUUUGGAGACCGUAUUUGGAAGGAAACUAGUUCGUGAUUGAGGAAGCGACAGUAACUUACACUUCUGAUAGAGGGGUAGAUGCCAGAUGACACUAACGAGAUACUCUACAAGCUGGUGAAAUCGACAUCAGUUGUUGAUUUCAUACAAUGACGCUAUGGACAGUGCGCGGACAGCUGUUUUGUAUACAAAAUACGCAGUGGGUUCAAGCUAUAGCCUGUACACAAUAGCAAGUCUCAAGAGCGAGUUUUUGUUUUAUUCCGAUCGAUAAGCAGGCUCUGUGAACGAUGUCCUGUCGUCAACGUGAUAAUAUAUGUUUGACAGUUCAUUUCACUUCGCACGGUGCUGGGAUAUGGACGGGCCGUCGGAUCCAUCCCCUCUGUGUAAGGAGGUGACAGUAAUGGUGAACUGAAGACACACGGGCAGGUCUGGCAUGAUGGCAGUGUUCAGGCGGAAUAUACACUUCUGGAACAUUUACAUUACCCUCGUGUUUAAUAUUGUGGGACUUCAGUUCGGUUCUGGGCAGCUGAAUGAGAUAACGUUUAGGCUACAAGAGCAGAGACCUUAUGGAACGUAUAUUGGAAACGUAGCUGUUAAAAGUGACAUUGCAAGAAAUUUAUCCAAUGCUGUGUUUCAAACGUUGACGUAUAACUUUCUAAAUCCAAACAGUCUGCAAACAGCUUCUCUGUUUAGCAUCAACCGGCGGACAGGUGCUAUUCACACAGCCGCAAUGAUUGACAGGGAGACUGUGAAAAGAAAUGACAAAGAAGUGUGUGCAUUCGUAACAGUGUGUGAAAUCGAAUUUGACGUGACGGUACAGAGCCAGAACACUUCGUUUCUGAAAAUCAUCACGGUGAAAAUGAUCAUAGAUGACAUCAACGAUUCCCCGCCGACGUUUGAACCUAACGAAAUACAAAUAUAUGUCUCGGAAUCUACGAACGCGGGAUCGAAGAUUCCUAUAGACGGCGCAACGGAUAGGGAUACAGCUGGACGAAAUUCGGUUCAGUCGUACGAGAUAACGUCUUAUAAAGACGUGUUUGAUGUCAACUUUGUUCAUAAGCUUGACGGGAGCUCCAGUCUUAAGCUAGUCGUUCUGAGAGGUCUUGACCGAGAGUUGAGGGACAGAUACCAGUUCACGAUUCUGGCCAAGGAUGGAGGCACUCCUGCCCUUACCGGAACACUGACCGUCAACAUGCACGUCAUUGACGUCAACGACAACGCUCCCGAGUUUUCUUUGAAACGUUACAACAUUAACGUCAAAGAAACCACUGCCCCGAAUUCGGUUGUUGGAAGAGUGUCAGCGCGUGAUAAUGAUGCUGGCAAGAAUGCCCGGGUGUUGUAUCGCUUCAGCACUCUCAGAACGUCCAAGAUCGAGGAACUCUUCACCUUGGAUGAGACUAGUGGGCAACUGAUUGUAAAGAAACCUCUGCAGUACGAAUCAGGGAGUUCGUUUGAAGCUGUCAUAGAGGCCGUGGACAAGGGUGAAACACCUCAAGCAUCUCAGGCCAUCCUGGUUGUCAAUAUAAUUGACGAUGGAAACACCCCUCCCCGUGUGACUCUUAAUCUGGCUUCUUCGGUUGUGUACAGUGAUACUAUACUUUUGUCGGAGGGGUCCAGUAUUGGUACAUUUGUUGGCAGGGUGAAAGUAGAGGAUACUGACUCGGGUGAAAACGGCGAUGUCCACUGUACAUCCCUUGAUGACCACUUCAGUUUGAACAAACUGGACGCUCAUAGUUUUGCCAUCCUCAUCUUUAAGUCCAUGGACAGGGAAAAGAAGGAUAAGCAUAAUGUGACAGUCAUAUGUAAAGAUUCUGGAACUCCCAGUCUGUCAGCUUCUUUGAGUUUCAUUGUCCAGGUUACAGACAUAAAUGAUAACGCCCCUGUUUUCACGUCUAGGACUUAUAUUGCCAACGUGACUGAGAACAUAAACAGAUCUGUCAACCUGAUCACUGUGAAAGCAACUGACGCUGAUAUGGGUGUUAAUGGCGAAGUGUCCUAUACUCUAAGCAUGGACGCUGGAUCAAUGUUCUCAAUUGACUCUCAGCGGGGUGUCAUCAAAGCUAAUGGCGCCUUUGAUAGGGAAACAUUGAACAAAAUGACUUUUAUUGUUAAAGCUGUGGACCAUAGUUCCGACCCACGAACUGGAACCGCUACAGUGACCGUAAACAUUUUGGAUGUCAAUGACAACAAGCCCUUCUUUCCCCCAACACCCUUCAAAUUCCGUGUCCCAGAAGACCUAAAAACCGCCAAGAGGGUUGGACAGCUGACUGCUAUAGAUAAAGAUAUAGGAAAUAACUCUGCCCUUCGAUAUAACACCUUGAGCAAUGAUCCAUCCAUUCCAUUUAUAGUGUUUUCGGACGGCACGAUCCGUACUGAACGUCAGCUUGACCGAGAGAUCCAAGACAUGUAUACCCUAGACGUGUUCGUCACGGACAAUGGUCAACCACCACUGUAUUCAAACGGUACUGUUUUUAUAGAGGUACUGGACGUAAACGACCAUAGCCCUACGAUAUUAUUCCCCAAUGAUGACAACAACAGUGUCAUCUUGUACUCAGACACCGACCCGGCCACCACGUUUGCCACAAUUGAGGCCACAGAUGACGAUAUCGGAAUAAAUGCGGAAAUAAUGUUCUUCAUAACUGGGGGUAACCGCGACAAUGUCUUCACCAUAGGAAGAAGCACGGGUGAAAUUCAGUUGACGCGAACUUUGACCACGAACGACGAAAAAGAUUAUAAGCUGACCAUUUCAGCCCAGGAUAGUGGUUCUCCGCCUCAAGAAUCGCAGACGUUGUUAAUCAUAAACAUCAACUAUACGAACAAUACAAUAGCGGCUGCUUGGACUGCUGAAAAAAAUGCACAUACGUACAGGAUCAUCGCUGGUAUUGUUGGUGGAGUGACUUUCAUCCUGUCGAUCUUGAUUGUGUCAAUCAUACUGCUGAUACGACGGAAUGACAACGCAAGGAGAGACACAGAGGAAAAGAUGGGUGUUCAAGAGGAAUGUGGCAAGAGAGAGAUGGAAAGAAGGAUCUGGCAAGAGGUCAACACAGAGGACAUAAAGGCUGGCUUUGAGGGAGAAAAGAAAGGGGAUAAGUGUUACAAACCUAAAUUGGACAAAGAUCGCAGUUUCACGAUUGACCCUGACCGCAACACUUCUGAUUCCUUCCUAAGUCAUGCCGCCUUGGACCAGUACGGCAAACCAGAAUUCUUUACUUUUAGGAAGGGUCACGGACCGCCAUUCAGCGAAGACGUGCGCAGUGACGCAUCAGGGGAGACAACUACAAGCGAUAGUGGCCGAGGCGGAAGUGAGGAGGAUAUUCAACUACCGCCUCUUCCGGAUCUGAAAGGAUUCAGUGGCAGCCAUCAGAUAUUUUCGGUUGCUAUCGACGAAAAUGAGGAAUUUUCUCCCCAGUCUUCCCCGCAGGACAUACAGGAGAGGUCUCGCACACUGUCCACCUUCUCCAACCCAAAUAUGGCCAACAAAAUAGCCUUACCUCCGACGACAUCAUUUCGAGACAUCCAUACCAUUCAAGAUCCCACAUUCCGUAAUAACCAAAGAAAUCAACAAAAAGUGAGAUUCAGUGCAGACAGUAUGGCUCCCGGUUCGAGAUUUCAAGGAAACGGAAAACAAACGAAACUUACGAAGGAGUUUAACGGAAGAACACAUGUCCCCAUCAUUAGUAACGGGGAAUACUAUGUGAAACACGACCAAAGUGCAUUUUCGCAUCUUGGCUCUUACCAUAGCCUCCCUCGUAGUGUUGAUGAUGACGAUAACACGACAACAUCAGGUAGUUACACCUUAAACCCAGAUGACUUUGAAGAGGUGUUCUGUGAAAGAUGACAGUAUCACUGUUAAUAGACUUGAGUUUCAAAUAUAAGUGACAGUGCCUGUACGAAGUGAAGACAAUAUACAAGUCAUGAGGGCUUAACUGUUAAUAAAGACAGUUUCAAUACUGUGGUGGACAAUAUAUGCUUAUUCAGCAUAGACUAAUAUUCAUUCCUGUUGGUACACGUACAUGUAAAUGUUCGUAUUUUGCAAGAGGUUGUACAAAUGUAUUUUAUGCAUUAUUUAUUACGUUUUUGUUUCUUUCGUUAAUGUGAAAAAAAUACGGUGCGUGAUAAAUAUGUCAUAUUACUUUUGGUGACCAUGCGAUCGACCUUGUGAUUAACUAUAGGGUUCAUGAAUCACUAUGUUUGCCAAAUAUUUGCUCAGAUUAUCGUUUUGUUCACUGUAAGUGUUUUGAGGAUAAUUGUCUCGCUAAAUAAGAUGACUUUCGAGACAAUAGUGUAAAUAAAAACUCAUUCAAUGUGGUUGGAAAGCAUAGGUUGAAUCAUUUAUUUCAAAAUUUAAAUUUACUAUAAACAUAUCUUUUUUCAUUAAGUUAUAUUCAAUAACAUUCAUAAUAGUAAAUAUAUGCAUGACAUUGCAUGUUUAAAUUAAAUUAUUGAAAUAGUAGUCUCAGCUUCACAUCUCAUAUUUCGAAAUUUUAAGGAUUUAAAUAGAUAUUAUACAGUUUAGUUGUGUUCAAAUUGUUAAUUAAACAACACAGUAGAUUGGUAUUCUUCG